CUGUACCAGCUGCCUAGGCAAGAGAGGGUCUCAAUGUAUGAGAGAAUAGCAAAAGUGCUCGUUUUUGCUUAGUUCCAGUUAAUUAUAAUUACUUUACGCUGAAGGAAAACGUUGGUUAGAAGAGUUUAAAUUGGAAAUAAUAAGUGAUAGUGGGUCAACAGUUCAGCACAGUGUGGCGACACUGAAGAAUGGAAGACACAAUUACCGCGGUUGAACCCACUGCUAUGGAGCAGUCAGAACCACAGGAUCCCUGCAGCUCUCAGAAGAUUGACUUGUCACUAGAUGACAUCAUCAAACUGAACAGGAAAGAGCACAAGGCGAAUCAGGCUGCCAAAAAGGGGCGACGUGUUACAAACAAAAACACUGCCCUAAAGAAACUCGAAAGGGCAGGACAACAGACAUUUCCUUUUAAACACGGGGCAUAUCAGUUCCCACGAGGAUCCAACAGGUCGCCGUACAUGAGACCCCCUUUUCCUGCCUUUUACAGAAUAAAAGCAUAUUUCAAAAAGGCUCCUUUUGGAGUCCCUCACCUCAAAGGUGUGAGCCCUUUAAAAAGAGCUCCUUUGAACACAAAGUUUGAAAAACGCAAACCUCUAUUCAGGGGUACGUUUUAUGAACCAUACAGAGGUCCCACCGGAGCUUUGAGAAGGCCCUCUCCCCAAUCCAGAGGACAGAAGCAACAACUAUUCCAGCCCAAACCAAGACAGGGGAGUGCAAGGCCAUUCGUCCUCAACAGAGGGUUUCCUGCAGCAAAUGAAAAUAUCAUACCAGAAAAAAAGUACCAGAAAGUGAGAAGUUGGAGAAAGGCGCCCUCUGGUGGUUCUACCUUGACAGUGUCACUUCCCAACUCCAUUGCAAUUCCAGAGCCAUCAACCAGUGCUAAGCACGCUACAGUGACAGAGGGGGCAGGUGGCAGGAUUUCUCAGCCCAAAGGCAUCCCUCUCAGGUUUAACUUCAAGGCCACAAUAAAUCAGACUGGAUUAACCCUCAAUGAGCGCUUUACCUGUAUGAGGAUAAGGACAGGACCCGGACAGGGCCAACAGAGAGGCAGUGGAAGGGGAAGAGGCCGAGAAGGCCGGACCGUCAUCCUACAGUAACCAUCAUUGAUGACCCCUGCACUGUCUGUGGCCUGCUUGAAACAUAUUCAUUAUUCACCCUUCCAAUAUGCUCACAUUGAAUACACUUUAUAUUCAUGUUGACUUUUGUAUGUAUGGCACACAUUUUAAUUACUUUUCUUGGUUUUGUUAAUUUUCAGACAUGAAGAUUUUUUUUGUGGACAUGUUUACAGUUUUGAGCAGGGAUUAAGGUGACAUGCAGUUAAUAAAGAACUUUCAUUUAUGAGAUUAAGAUGAGCUGAAGUGACAGGCCACAGAUACUGUGGUCUAAACAUAGACAAUUCUUUUGGGAAAUCAUUUGAGGUUAGGAGAGUGACCUCAUACUGUUGCCCACAUUAUUUAUAGCUGUGUGGGGUUGGUAUGUAUUUGGAGGCCAUAUUACAUUAUGUUUACUGCUGCGGACAUGAAAAUCUACUGAUAAAACGUCAAACUUCAGUUUUAGUAAGACAAUUACAGCUGAAUGAAGUCAUGAUGAGCAAGUUGUGUCCUAAAACAAGUUUGUUUUCUUGUCAUUCAGUUGAAA